AUGAUGUCAAUGUUAAAUCAAGAAAAGUCCCGAGAACGCCUAUUGGAAAUCGCGAAAGUUUACGGGAUCGAGGGAUACGAUGGGUUUUGCACCUCGUUUUCGAUAGAAUCGCUGGAUUUCGACGGAAUGGAAUGCCACAUGUCAAAUGUGAACAACCCCAAAGAGCCAUCCGGAAUGGUUCCGGAAGAUGCAUUGAAGAACGUGUUGAAACUCUGCUGCCGCACAUUCUUCACAUUUUGGACGAAGAGCACUUUCCAUCAUCACUCAAGAUUGACACACGGUGGAUAUGUGAAGAUCCUCGUGAACUUGGAACGUCUGAUGAAUGGAGUGUGCAAAAUGAAGGGAGAAAUGCAGUCAGUAACCGAAUCCAUGAUAUCUACAAUCACCCGGAGGCUGUUUGUAGGAGAAGGCCGUAUAAACUUAUUCAAUUCAACAACACUGGUAAAUGUCGCGAAUAACGUAUUGUUGAAUCUGGAAGAGACUGAACGGAGUGAUAUUGUUGAAAAAGAAGAAAAUAUUGGAAUGGUUGAAGAUGAGAGAGACGAGACAAUGGUUGAGGCAACUGGUGAAAAGGAUCAAGUAGAGGAAACGCUCGAGACAAAAGUUGAUCCAGAUGAACCACCACGGUCUGAUGUGUCUAUGGAACCCCAUUCAGCAGAAGCUUCAAUCCAGUUGAAACGUCACGGAAUUCAACAUUUGGAUAUUAAUAACAAUGCUCACACGACAAAUGAAUCGACGCAUCCGGAUGUUCCCGAAUCCAUGUGCGUAGAUGUCACAAGUGUUCCGAAGGUGAGUGGAAAUUGGAAAAUGGAAGAAGGACGACGGUAUCGAAAAAGAAAGAGAAGACGUAGGAUUCAGAAGAUAUUGCUUCCCCACCGAUUGGAUAGAUCAGAACAAGCAAGAAUGGCAAUGAACGGAAAGUGUGAAUUUUCAAUCGUGAAUGUAAAUCGAGCUGCUUCAUACUCUGCCGAGAAAGUGCUCGAUGAUCUCCUUGCAAGUAUCGGUAUCAUUGGAGAGCACCACCUCAUCUCCUGCGUUCGACUUCCGAUGAAACGAUUUGGACAUGUUUUGACGUUCUCAAUUCGGAGUCCGAAGGAUUCCAAGAUCUUGAAUGAGUGUAUCGGAUCUGAAAAGAUUUGGUACUCUAGGUUCAACGGGAUCUUCAUGGCAAAUGCAAACGUCUUCAUUUGGACACCAAUUACUGUCGAAGAAGCUGUUCAAGGAGUUCUCGCCACUUCGAUCAAGCAAUUCGAUGACAGUUAUCAACUUCCGGAGUCAAAGAUUUGA